GCAACCAGCAACAAACCUAACAAAGAUCGCACAAUGUUGUCAAUAAUAUGUAGUUAUUAUUAGUUCACGUAACAGAUGACAACAUACUCUUGUUUUUCCAACAAGAACCUCGAUCUGAACGAAGAAAAUGCACGCGGUAUUUAGGAUUAAACUACGUCACACGGUAUCUCUGUGUUUUUGCAUUUGGCGACCUUGUAUUUAUCUUUGCAACAAACUAUGUAUUUUGAAUACUCUUCAGAACUUUCGAAAAAUUCUUUUUCCUAGAAUUCUUUUUCUUUAUCAUCAAUGGCCGUUACACAUAGUAUUGGAUUGAUAGUAAUAACAAACAAUAUUAACUUCUCUUCGAAUCCUUACCAAGUAAAAAUAAAUUAGUGGUGAAUCUGUAAUAGUAAAUAAAUCAUAGCUGCUAUUGACGUCAUCUAGCAAAAUGCUAGUGAACUAUCAAGGACUCGUAGAAGGAAAUGUAAGGGGUGAAAAAAAGGGAAUUGAAUGAGGAAAAAGAAAAAAGAACGUCGAUGAAUCGGGAUGUGCGUCAUGAAACCAACAUAAACUGGGUCACUGAGGAAUAACGUCUGUGCCGAUGACCGUCCUUGUGUAUCAGAGCCGGUCUUUUUGUUCGCUGACCAAUGAUCGAUCGAUCUUUCCUCCUUCCGAUGCGUUCUUAGACUUCUCUCACACGAUAUUCAUGAUAUCCAUACUGUACGACGCGUCCGUGAAAAUUCCAUCGGGUGUAAUCACGGGCAAUUACCAACAAUUAGGCAAUUAUGACGAGUGUCUGCAAGUGAAAAGCGGACACGGAUUCACCGGGAAGGCCUGUAGUGCCACGGUGAAUUUCGAAAUCGCGAAGGACAACGGUAAACCACGCCAACCUGAUAUAGGUGAUCUGCUUUUGAAUGUAGCCAUCGCUUCGGGAUACACGAAAUGGAAAUCAGGACGGUCAGUAAACUACGAGUGGAUGUGGUGCGUUCCAUCAAGUUGUAAUAUUACAGAUAUUCAGGAGGCGAUCGAGCUUGGCCUCGACCCUCUGAAGGUGGAGGAUCGCGUGGACAUGGUGAUAAACGUAUCGUGUCGCACCGCAGAAACAGAUCAGUCGGUUUUCGACGUAACUGAUUGGAUUUACAUAUCGACCCUGGCGAUAUUCGUGGUAAUCAUAAUUGCCAGCACGAGUUACGAUAUCGCUAAACAAGGCCAUCUGAGUACGUUGAACCGAAAAGAUAAGAAAUAUAUUCUUCUGACUUCGUUCUCCAUCUACACGAAUGGAAAAAAUUUAUUGAAAACGGACAGACACCGCGAUACAAUCAAGUGCCUUGAUGGACUGCGCUAUAUUAGUAUUUGUUGGAUUAUCUACGGUCAUACUAAUUACACCGAGGUGGUUGGCGUUAAAAUGAAUUUGAACGAAAUUUCACAGAUGCAUAUAAAUUGGGCCAACAUGUUCGUACUCAAUGGAAAUAUCAUCACCGAUACAUUUUUCCUCAUAAGCGGAGUUCUAAUGGCAUAUACAAUCUUAAUAAAAAGUGAAAAGAAUUCGCAAGAUCAGUUUGAUGUGAUCAGCAAGCUUUAUGUCCACCGUUAUUUAAGAUUAACUCCAGCAUAUGCUAUGAUGAUCGGAUUUUACGCUACCUUAUUUUAUAAAGUUAGCUCGGGCCCACAUUGGGACCAAUGGGUCGGUGCCAAUAGAGAUUAUUGUCGAGAAAACUGGUGGCUCAACUUGCUCUACUUGAAUAAUUAUAUCCAUUUACCUAGAAUUUGCAUGUCUCAGUCUUGGUAUCUGGCGACUGAUAUGCAACUUGUCUGGCUGUCACCGAUUUUCUUGUACCCUAUGCUCAAGUUUACAAGAGAAAUUUUCUUCUGGCUGGUUUUCGCGUUAGGAUUAGUCAUCUCCAUUUUAAUUCCAUUUUUAAUAACAUUUUGUCUCGGGCUCAAUGGGACUAUGCUCUAUUACAAAGAUAACACGGACCUGGCUAAUGUUUACAUAGAAAUUUACACAAAGGUUUAUAGCAGAUACGGUUCUUAUAUUAUUGGCCUGGCUCUUGGUUAUCUUUUAUAUAAGAAUCGAUCAAGAGUUCUGAAAAUUCGUUUAAUGUACGUAACGUUCGGUUGGUUGGUAGCUGCAGUUUCCGGUUUUUUCAUAUUCAUAUACCCUCGCUGGAUGUAUUUUGAUGAUCAUCGUUACAACAAGCUAGAAGCAAGUUUUUACGCAGGAUUCCACAGACAAAUUUUUGCUUUUUCUAUAUCCUGGCUUAUCUUUUGUUGCGUUCAUGGCUAUGGUGGUUUCGUGAAUCAGUUCCUGUCUUGGAAAGGCUGGGUUCCUUUCAGUAAGUUAACUUAUAGCGCUUACCUGUGCCAUUAUGUAUUUUUGUUACUAGAAGCUGGAUCAGUUCGGACUGCUGGCACAAUUUCAACUAUGUCAAUUCUUCGUAGCUUCUUCAGCAACUUGUGUCUCACAAUACUUCUCUCUGUACUCUGGACACUCUGCUUCGAGAUGCCUUUUAUGACACUAGAUGGAAUAUUCUUUUCUCACCGCCGGAGUCAAUCAAAAUUGAUUUCAAAACCAAACCAAGGAAAGAUAUUCGGUUCUAUUGAUUCUAGCAAAGAGAUAUAUCGUUCUACAGAAGAAUCUUCGGCUACGAUUGCGCAAGACAGCGAGAAUGCUUUUAAUAAAAAAUCCAACAAAGACAGCAUGUAUGAUCAAGAUUUAAAAUCCGAUGACAGGGAUGACAAAUGCCCAUUUAUCUUCGUAAUUGAAGCAGAACGCGACAAUUCUUGGGCACAGUUGAAAAAUGUCCAUCAAAACAAUGGUUUUGAUGAAGAUUCGGAUGAGACGUUCAAUCGAACCGAAACAGAGAAAGGAAUAGAUUGUAAUUACGGAUCAACCGUAAACGAGAACUUAAUAAGGAAAGCAGAGUCCAAGGAACUGAAUCAGGCUAACGAUAGUUGAUCAACGAUUCAGUACAAUAUCAAAUCGGCUUGCUGGUCAAGCAUUUAUAUGCGGACAGAAGUGAGAUUAAGAAAUAACAAUAAGAGUUUGUUGUAGAAAUAUCUCUUUAUUGAUUCAGGGAUUCCUAUAAAUAGUGAGUGAUAGUUAUACCAUGUUUCUUUUUUCUUAAUAUGCGUUUGCUGUAUUUUUUUUAUUUUGUUGUCGAUUCUGAGGGAUAUGGUCGAGGAUAUGUGAUAUAACAAACAGCGAUUCUUUGCACGAUGGCGAAUUAAAAGCGUCUUGUGUCUACUAAUACGUUUUUAUUAGAUCUUUUCAUUAUUUUUCAUUAUUUAUGCAAUAUUUUAACAUCACAUUUUAUCAUUAUAUUGUAGUGUUACAAGGCAUUAGGAAAGCAAUUUAUAUUUGAUUUAGUAUAUCAAUUUGAUCUUAACAGUUGAAUAAAGUUUGUUCCUUUUUAUAUAUGUGCUAAAUUUUGUUAAAUUAUUAGUAGAUUUGCAAAAAAUAAUUUGUUAUUGUACGAAGAAUCACAAUUAUAUAAUUAUUUGACUACACUUUGUAGAUACUUAUAGAUUCGCGUUUCACGAUCCGAUGUUGAUCCAUUGACGUGAAAGUAAUUCAAUCGAACGUUUAGAGCAAUGAUGAACAACCUGUCUAAUCUUCCAACUACUUAUUAGUGUUUCAUCAAAUAACUAAAGUAUUCUAUUAAAGACAAUAUUUUUUUCUAUAAUGUCUCUAUGUCCCUCUAUGUUAGAAAUGCCAAAUUCCACUCUGUAUAAGAUAAAAUUUUUGUUAUUAAUAUGUGUUUAAGUAUUUAAUAAUGCGCAAUAUUCUAUACGCAUAAAAUAAAACUCGCAUAGAAUAUUAGAUUUUUAAUUUUGACCUGUUAUAAAGCAAAGGUUGCUCAUUACUGAUCUAGAAGUUAGGAAAUAAAGGUACAAAUCAGCUGUGAGAAAUCAUCGACUAUUAUUAAGUGUAAUUAAGAGAUGUUUUCUCGAUGAUCAGUUUAUAGAAACGAAAAAAAAUGGAAAAAUAAAUUUACGAAAGUAAAAAUUGCACAAGAAAAAUAUCGACGACGAUCGAUUAAUAAUUUUUUGGGAUUUGGAAUUUUUAUUUUGAAAUAUUUUAAUAUUCCAAAUUUAAGUUACAUUCUAAAUCCAAUGUAUUACAUUUGCAAUUUGAAAGUCUAACAAAAUGCGUUAACUAAUAUUUACUAAUACUAUUGCAGUAAAAUUAGUCAGUACGAUACAAAAUACAGUAUUAUAAUUAAUGUUAAAUAUUCUAAUUAUAAGGAUUAUGUUGCGGCCAUGAAUUGAGGUAAAAAACAAAUUUGUUAAAAUUUGUUUUCUUUCGCUAUAUUUAAUUUUUUUAUACAUCAAUACAAUAAUUCGAAAUUUUUAAUGCCAAUAUAUUUAAUUAAUACUCUUCUUAUAUUGAUACAUUGUUUGUAACGUGCAAAAUGAAUUAUCUAAUGCAUAAUA